GUCUACAAGUCAACCCUCCUUCCUUGUCUACAUUCACCAGGAACGGAACGACAACAUCGGAGUUUGGUAACAAAAGCAAUCAGUUUGCUAUUCAAUCAUAACCAGAGACCUGCGACAAAUACAGAUAUAGAUAUGACCACAAAAAGCAGUGGUGAGGAGAAGCAGCAGCUGCAACUGUAUUCCUACCACAGGAGCUCUUGCUCUUUUCGUGUCCGAAUAGCCCUUAAACUCAAAGGGCUUGAUUAUGAAUACAAAGCCGUUAAUCUUCUAAAAGGAGAACAACAUUCCCCUGAGUUUUUAAAGGUUAACCCCGUUGGAUAUGUACCUGCUCUGGUUGAUGGUGACAUGGUAAUUGUUGACUCUUUUGCAAUCAUAAUGUAUCUCGAGGAGAAGUAUCCUCAGCAUCCUUUGUUGCCUCGUGACCUUGAGAAAAAGGCAAUUAAUUACCAGGCUGCAAACAUUGUUUCAGCAAGCAUACAACCUCUUCAAAAUCUUGGCAUUUUGAAGUACAUUGAAGAAAAAGUUGGUCCCGGCGCACAGGUUCCAUGGGUUCAAAAGCAUAUUGGUAAAGGCUUUGCAGCGCUGGAGAAGUUGCUAAAGAAUCAUGCUGGGAAGUACGCCACAGGAGAUGAUAUUUUUCUUGCUGAUUUGUUUUUGGUACCACAAAUCCAUGGUGCAGUGAAGAGGUUUAAUGUCGACAUGACACCAUACCCUCUUUUGACUAGGUUGUAUGAGACAUAUAUACAGUUGCCUGCUAUCCAAGAUGCUAUGCCUGAAAAGCAACCAGAUUUCCCUUCUAGUUGAAGCAAACAACUCAGGUGUAUUAUGCUAAUUUCUGUAGUCAAGCAGGGUGUGAGAUCUUCAAGAAUGCUCAUACUAGAUACAUGGGCUGUGGGUGUUUCAAUACAUUAUGAUUAAUGUCCUGAAUAAUUAUUGUACUUCCUUGAGUAUUGUUGUAUGUAAAAACUAUAAAGUAAUAACGUAUAUGGUGUAAAGGUUAUUCCUAUUCCAUAAUGUGAAAUGAUAUCGUUAAGGUUCUCCUUGACCUUUCAGCAACA